AUGUCAACAAAGAAGACCCAAAAAUGCAGAAAAGAAGAAAGGAAGACGAAAAAGAAAGAGGCUGAGGGGUGGCACGGAUUGCCUUCCGAGUCAGAGUCACCACCAUCAUCCUCAAAUCGACAUGACUCCAUCUCUAACUCCAACUCCACACUAUUUAACUCCAUCGUUUUGCAUUACUAG